AUCUACAGUUCUCUCUCUCUCUCUCUCUCUCUCUCUCUCUCUCUCUAACUCACGGACCUUCCGGCUCCGUCGAUGGCGCCUCGCCGAUUACUCUCCUCCCUCUCCCUCCUCCUCCUCCUCCUCGACCUCGCGUCCGCUUCCCCGUCGCAACCGCUCAUCCGCCUCUACUCCGGCGGCCGGAAGUUCCUCAGGGACGACGGCCUCUACUGCGAGAGCUGGCGGCUCGCCGUCGAGACGAACAACGCCGGGAGCUGGACGCAAAUCCCGUCGCGAUGCGAGCAGUUCGUCCCGGCCUACAUGACCGGCGAGCGCUACGCGUCGGACUCGGCGGUCGUCGCGAAGUACUCGUCGGAGUUCGCCAAGUCCGUGGAGAUCGCCGGGGACGGGAGCGACGCUUGGGUGUUCGACGUCGACGAGACCCUGCUCUCGAACCUGCCGUACUACGAGGCCCAUGGCUUCGGAUCAGAGGUCUUUGAUGAUAAAACUUUCGAUGAUUGGGUGGCUUUGGCCGACGCCCCUGCUUUACCUGCAAGCUUAAGUUUGUACAAGGAGCUUCAACAGCUGGGUUUCACGAUCUUUCUGCUGACUGGGCGCAGUGAACAUCAAAGAAACGUUACGGAAAAGAAUCUUCUAUAUGCUGGGUACAGUGACUGGGAAAGGCUUCUCUUGAGGAAUGCUGACGAUCAAGGCAAACCUGCAAUUGUCUAUAAAUCAGAGAGGAGGUCUGAAUUGGAAAGCCAGGGUUAUACAAUUCAUGGGAGCUCCGGAGACCAGUGGAGUGAUUUGCUAGGUUUUGCUAUUGCAAAACGGUCCUUCAAGCUCCCGAACCCUAUGUACUACAUUUCUUGACAACAAUGAUGUCAAAACUCUGAAGCACGAGAACAUGGACGUGACACAUUGAUUCGUAUUGAAUGAACAUGAUUCUUUUCUGCCCAA